AUGAUGUGGGUCAUCGCCGCCUUGCUUGCAUCCUUCGUGGGGGUAUCUAAUGGAGCCUUGCCAGUGUUCGGCUUCAUCUGGAAAGCAGGUCUGAGCGAACGGACGACGUGCGAGAACAUCCCCCUCGAGUGCCCCGGCGGCGCAAACGUGUACCAGUUAGAAAAGCUGGACUGUGCGUACCCCGUGUGUCCACCGACGAUUCCGCCCAAACCGACCCCCAAGCCCCUCAUGACAUCUGCACCUAUCCGCCUUGUUCCUGCUUACGCCUACACUGCCGAACCGCAGGCCCCCCGUCGUCCCUCCAAGAAGCAACGACAUGCUGUGUAG